GCUAGUACUUGAUGCUACCAACUUAAUGGGUGCCAUUCCAACAUCAAUUUUUAAUAUCUCAUCACUUGUGACAUUGUCGCUUUUGGGAAAUAACUUCUCAAGCAAUCUUCCAUCAAAUAUAGGGCUUUGGCUACCCAAUCUUCGUGGCCUCUCACUUGCAGUAAAUAAACUCACUGGAAUUAUUCCCGAGUCAAUCUCAAAUGCUUCUAAACUUACUCUUUUAGACCUCAAUAGCAAUGCAUUUACAGGUUCAAUUCCAAAAAUGCUUGGCAAUUUACAACUACUCAAAAUUCUCAACUUCGUAAACAACAAUUUGACAAGUGGAUCAUCUGCUUCCUCUCCAGAAAUGAGCUUCCUCACUUCCUUGGCAAAUUGCAAACAUUUAAAAUAUUUGUUCAUAAAUCAAAAUCCUUUAGAUGGCGUUCUUCCAACAACCAUUGGAAAUUUCUCUGCUUCCCUUGAGAACAUUCAGGCAGAUUAUUGUGGAAUCAGAGGCAACAUUCCUAGUGAAAUUGGUAAUGUAAGCAAUUUGGCAUUCUUGUCUCUGCAACAAAAUGGUUUAACCGGAUUCAUUCCCUCCACAAUCAAAGCGUUAGGAAAGCUUCAAAUAUUGCAUCUUUCCAACAACAAACUACAAGGGGCCAUUCCAGAUGAUAUAUGCCAACUUAAGAACAUGGGUGAUCUACGAUUGAACCAAAAUGAACUUUUUGGAUUGAUUCCUGAAUGCUUAGGGAAUAUUACAUCCCUAAGGUAUCUCUACCUCAAUUCCAACAAACUAACUUUCGUCAUACCUACAAAGUUGGGCAAUCUUAAAGAUAUCUUGGAAAUUAACUUGUCCUCGAAUUCUUUAAAUGGCAAUCUACCACCACAACUUGGGAGUUUCAAAGUUGCAAUACUAAUAGAUUUUUCAAUGAACCAAUUCACAGGCAAUAUCCCAAGUACAAUUAUAGGUUUGCAAAACUUGGUUACUCUUUCAUUGGCGCACAACAAGUUACAAGGAUCUAUACCUGACUCAUUUGAUAGCAUGGUGAGCUUGGAAUUCUUAGAUCUAUCCUGUAAUGAUCUCUCCAAUGUAAUCCCCAAGUCCUUAGAGACAUUGUCUCAUCUUUCAUAUCUCAACGUUUCUUUCAAUAAGUUAAGAGGACAAAUUCCAAAUGGGGGACCUUUUGCAAACUUCACUGUUCAAUCUUUCAUGUCGAAUGAAGCAUUAUGCGGUGCACCAAAGUUUCAAGUCCCGCCAUGCCAUACUAGUUCCUUUCAUCAUCUGAGGAAAAAAAGAGUGGCUCUAGCUUUAUAUAUUUUGUUACCUAUUGCAUCCAUACUACUUGCUAUGACCUUUGUGUUCUUGUUCAUAAAAUGUCGAAGAAGAAAUAAAACUCCAUCCAAUGUUGAUCUCUUACCAACAAUAACACCUCCAAGAAUCACAUACCAACAGCUUUUCCAAGCAACUAAUGGGUUUAAUGAGAGCAACUUGCUUGGUAUGGGGAGUUUUGGUUCUGUCUACAAAGCUAUCCUUGAAGAUACCACAAUUUUGGCUAUAAAGGUAUUCAACUUGCAAGUAGAAGGUGCAUUCAAGAGUUUUGAUGUAGAAUGCGAGAUAAUGCGACACAUUCGUCAUCGCAAUCUUACUAAGGUCAUUAGUAGUUGCUCGAAUCUUGAUUUCAAAGCUCUAGUACUUGAGUAUAUGCCUAAUGGGAGUCUUGAAAAGUGGUUGUAUUCUUAUAACUAUUUCUUAGAUAUGUUGCAGAGAUUAGACAUAAUGAUAGAUAUUGCAUGUGCUUUGGAGUAUCUUCACCAUGAUUAUUCAAUGCCUUUGGUUCACUGUGAUUUGAAGCCCAACAACAUCCUACUAGAUGAUGAUAUGGUUGCACAUGUGAGUGAUUUUGGUAUUGCAAAGUUAUUAGAUUUGGGGGAGAGCGUCACACAUACAAAGACCAUAGCAACAUUUGGGUAUAUUGCACCAGAGUUUGGAUUGGAAGGAUUAGUAUCCAUAAGCUGUGAUGUUUAUAGUUAUGGAAUCUUGCUUAUGGAAACAUUCACAAGAGUGAAGCCCACUGAUGAAAUGUUUUUUGAAGACAUGACAAUGAAACGUUGGAUAAGGGAGUCACUACCAAAUGCAAUCUCUGAUGUUAUAGAUGCUAACUUGUUUAAGCUAGAGGAAGAACACCUCACUACAAUUGUAUUGCAGUGUGUAUCAUCCAUCAUGGAAUUGGCUUUGAGUUGCACUGCAGAGUCACCCGAGGAGAGGAUUAACAUGAAAGAUGUUCUUGCAACACUCAAAAAAGUUAAACUUUGGUAUCUAGCAAAUUGUGGAAGGGGUUAAAAGAUGAAAAGUUGGAACUUCAGUAUCUAGCUAAUGGCAACAUUCAAAAAAGUUAGCCAGAUGCAUCUGUAGCUAGUAGUGAUUACGUAGUACUUGAAUUACUUAUUUUGUAUGCUUUGUAUUUUUUUUUUUUGGAAACCUAUAUAUAUGGUUACAGUAUGCA